AUGUAUCGUCUACCAUUGUUUUUGCUAAUCGUGCUAUGUUUGACAAUUGUCGCAACCACCGGUUAUCGUAUAGGAGCAUUUAAUAUUCAAACACUCGGUCAGAAAAAAAUUAAUAAUGCAACAGUGAUGAAUUAUAUCUAUAAUAUUUUGUUACGAUAUGAUUUUGUUCUUGUACAAGAAAUUGUUGAUACAUCGUUACAAACACCGAUUGUUAUAUUAAAUGGUUUAAAUGCGAGAGACAAAAAUCGCUAUCAAAUGGUGUCUAGUCCUAGAUUAGGGUCAACGUCGAGUAAAGAACAAUACGCUUAUUUUUAUAGAACACAACAGUCAUCAACAGUAAAAACAACAUUAUUGAAAACAUUUGUGUAUGAUGAUCAAACCAAUGAAUAUGAACGACCACCAUUUAUUGGUCAGUUUUUAAUUCAACAAACAUUGCCAUCAGCAAAUGUAAUGGUAGUCGAUUUAAAAAUUUACGUUAUUGGGAUACAUAUUCGACCAUCAAAAGCAUUCAAUGAGACAAAAAUGUUAAGAAAAGUAGUUGAUUCAUUGAAAACAAAUGAUCCUGUUGUCAUUAUGGGUGAUCUUAAUUCAGGUGGUUCUUAUAUGUCAGCUGCUCAAGUGAAACAAUUAAAAGAAAUUCAUUUGAAAGAUUUUGUCUGGCAUAUUCAAGAACCUCAGUAUACAAAUGUAGUACGAAAAUAUACGUACGAUAGAAUAUUAUCAAGAGGAAAACAAUUUCAAGAUCUAUUCAAACCAGGUACAAAUAGAACAUAUGAAUUUGAUAAAGUAUUCAAUAUUAAAGAUGAUUGGUUGAAAGCAGUUAGUGAUCAUUUUCCGGUUGAAAUUGAAUUAAAUUUGCCAAUGAAUUUAGACCAAUCUAUAGGAUAA